AUGUUCGCCAGACAGGUACUCCGCCCGGUCAGGACGCUGCACCAGCAAGUCCGCCGAUAUGCAUCCGAGGCGCCCAAGAGCGGCGGCAACAAUGGUGUUCUUUACACAGGAAUUGGUGCUGCGGGUCUUGCAGGUGCCUACCUAUUCUUGAGGGGCGGUGAUUCACCAUCAGGGCAGAAGGGCAACGCACCGCCGUCAGAGGAAGCUAACAAGAUUCCCUCCUCAACUGGUGGCCCUGCUAAGAAGGCCUUCACUGGAGGCGACCAAGGCUUCCUCUCGCUUGUGUUGGACAAAUCUGAGAUUGUCAACCACAACACCAAGAAGCUUACCUUCAAGUUGCCUGAGGAGGACAUGGAGAGCGGUCUGCCUGUAGCUUCUGCCGUCAUCACCAAGUACAAGGGUCCCGAAAUGCAGAAGCCUGUCAUCCGACCGUACACUCCCAUCAGCGACGUAGACCAGAAGGGCACCGUAGAUUUCAUCAUCAAGGCUUACCCGAACGGACCUAUGUCGGAGCAUAUGCACAGCAUGGAGCCUGGUCAGCGACUAGAUAUCAAGGGACCCAUUCCAAAAUUCCAAUGGUCACCCAACAAGUUUGAGCACAUUGCGCUGAUUGCGGGUGGAACUGGUAUCACACCCAUGUGGCAAACAGCACGCGCCAUUUUCCGCAACCCCGAGGACAAGACCAAGGUGACGCUCGUAUACGGCAAUGUGACUGAGGAGGACAUUCUGCUCAAGCGCGAGUUUGAGGAGCUGGAGAACACUUACCCCCAACGAUUCCGGGCAUUUUACGUCUUGGACAACCCACCAGAGUCGUGGCAAGGCGGCAAGGGAUACAUUACCAAGGAGCUUCUGAAGACUGUGCUUCCUGAGCCAAAGGAGGGAGAGAAGAUUAAGCUAUUUGUUUGCGGACCUCCCGGCAUGUACAAGGCCAUCAGCGGUGGCAAGAAGAGCCCGUCUGACCAAGGCGAGCUUGAUGGGUACCUGAAGGAGCUUGGCUACAGCAAGGACCAGGUGUACAAGUUUUAG